ACUUCUGUGAACCGAGGGCCUGCUAACAAUCGCCCUACCAGUCCCCUGCCAGCACCGACGCCAUUGUUGCGCUUCAUCAUCCUUGCCGGCCUCUGUCCAUCCAUCUCCGCCAUCAUCCCCUUCUCGACCUGUUGUACAGCCACCGACUUGCUCUCCUCAUUCCAUCCUCUCGACUCUACCGACACCAUCCCCUCUUCGAGUCAUCAAUCCCACACUUCAAUCACUGUCGACCCCUUCCGCGCUACAACAUCGUCGAGUCCGACAACUUGCCUUCAUCGCCCUCACACGUCCAUCGGUCGAUCCAACUCCCUGCCUGCAUUGAUAUAUAUUACAAAUUCAAUUCGCAUCUAACCAUCCAUACCAACACUCAUUCAUCACUGUCAUCACCACCACAAGCUGUGACGAUCGAGACCUGCAUGGAGUAGGCCCUUCACACCCUUCUGCCGUUGCCCCCGGCUCUUAGAAGUCAUUUUCUUCAUCUUUCCCUCGACCCUCCAUCGCAAAUCCUUUCAUCCCACGACCGCUGAUCAUCCUCUUCGAACCACUGCACCUAUUUUCGAGUCAUCGUCCGACCUUCCACAACUCGAGUUGGCCGCCCUUCUUGCAAAGCAGCCAGGCCCAAGGCCUAAGGUCGCGUCCAAGAUCCAACACCCAUCCACGGACGCACAAACAAUCACAACCUGAAUCCUUGAUUUACAUGCUCGAUUGGGAUCUCGAGAUUCUAGGAGCACGAUGAGAGAGGUCAACUUCAGCAUUCCCAAUGUCAAUAAGGCUUCUGUUCAUAUAACAACCACCCUCUAUGACCGCCGAGCCCUAGACUGCACCUCCACGCUUCCCCUGAUUAAUUCCCUCAACCACUUGGCCUACCUGACAACAUCGUCUGCAAGAAUCAGAGAUAUUCUCACAGUCGAUGGAGGCGUUGAACGUUUGGUAUGUAUAUUAAAAGAGGGCAGAAGCAAAGAUGAAAUGCACAUGUGGAAAUGGAACCUGGCAUUUCAGUGCAUUGUCAAUAUUGGUGUGCGAGGCUCAGAACUCGUCAGGACUCGUGUGGUAGAGGCUGAUAUGGUCCCUGUUAUUGCCACCAUUCUGUGGGAUUAUAUUCUGGUGUUCGAGAGAGAGAAACAGAAGGCCGACGCCGAACAAGCCAAAAGGAACAUUUCUCAUGCCUGUGGCAGCUCCAGAUCUUCCAGACUCUCCCGAGACAACAAUCAGGAGUCCACGCGAACCUCCUUCUUCGAACACCUCCAUGCCUCCGUCGACAACCGUUCCACCCGUCGUCAGGCCCCUCCUCCUUCUCUAGACAUCCCGCAGCCAUUUUCCCAAACGUUCAGCGGGGCAGAAAACAACACUGGAGAGUCGGCGGCGACACCUGCGCGUGUACUGACUUCCCCACCUGAGCGCACCGCAUUUUCUCGAACCCAUUCGCAUAGUAAUCGCAGCGAUGACACCAGACAUUCGUUUCAAAGACCCUCCAACAUCCAACCUCCGGCUACCGCCGUCCCGUCGAUGGACACCGCAGACGGCUUCUCUCUGAGGCCUGUUCGUGAAAUUGACAGACUACCGUCCAUGCUACCCGCGCUGAAUACAGGCGUUACCUCCCACCCUGAUUCUCCUACCACCCCAUCCGCACCGACGCAUCGAGGUCUCUUGUCGCCCAUCGGACGCAGGAUGAGACGACCUUCUAUACGACACCAAAACUCCACAGGUGGUGAUACUGAUGAUGCAGUCAUGGAAGAUGUCACAGUAGAUGAGGAAGGCAUUGUUGACCCAGACACAAACGAGGGUCGAAGUCGAGUCCCCACCCGGGACCCAAGCCCUCAUGACCCAGACCUGGACGAAAGGCAACCGUUGACACUUACAAUUCCAGUGCAAGGCAACGAGGAUAUUGACAACGUUGACAUUGCCCAGCAAACCCCCAUCGUUGCUGGCAUGGGCAAUCCGUUGAUGACCGCAGGCCACGAGGCUGUGGGCGUCUCCCCCAACGCCGGUGCUCCAGCGACAGCGGCAUCUCCAGCCAUCCCACUCAAUGCGUACCCAAACCUUCUCCUGAGAAAUCCUACAUCCCCGGUCUCGACCACGGCGUUGCAGCUUCGCGAGGAAGAUGUCCUCAUGGGCCUGCAGUUGCUUGCAUACAUCUCAAAGUACUGUUACUUGCGGCACUAUUUCCAAAGCACGCAUCUCGUGCCUCGCCUGAGAAUCGACCGAGAAGUGGAGCGUAUUUAUGGCCCGGGUCCUAAAGGCUCUUUGCUCCCGGAACCCACCGAAGACGAAGAGGAGGAGUUUCUCCAGCCUGACGACUAUAAUAUCUUCCCGUUGGUCGAGAAGUUUACCGUUCGACAUCACUUUCAAGACAUGCGGUAUUGGGCUAGUGUCGUAAUGCGGAAUCUGUGCAGGAAAGAUGAUGCUCGCGGGGGCAUCCGCCAAUGUGCCAACUACCAAUGCGGCAAAUGGGAAGAAUACACCAGACAAUUCGCAAAGUGCAGACGUUGUCGGCGAACCAAAUAUUGCAGCAAGGAAUGCCAACGCGAGUCUUGGACCAUGCAUCGACAUUGGUGCCAGCAACCAGAACAAGCAUCUACGCUUGUGCCAACAGCGGCGAAGAGGUGAAGUCAUUGAACUUGACAUAUCUGCUUGACGAAAAUGCUACUUAUCAUAGCCGUGGAGUAUUACUAUCACUUGAGUUUGGAGUUGAGGAGUGUUCGAGUCUAACGAUGGGUCUGGUCGUGCCCAACUGAUAUGACAUGACCUGAGCUGAAUGAGGGUUGACAUACAUAGUGAGACGGUGUACAAAGUCCGAAGAUGACUAUGCCACGAGGCGAGAUGGACUUUUAGCCGUCUUGUGGCUCAUCACACAUCACUUUUUGCCAGUGAGAGACAGGAUGGAGAAGAAGCGAUGCCUGGAGGGGUCGGAGGGAUGCGAAGGGCAUCAAGAGGCCAGAUAUGUUUUUGGAUUGCUGGCGGUGGUAGAGAACAAGUCUCUCAAAUAUCAUGACUUCAUAAGCCAACGACGAAAAUUCUUCAUUGACAUCCCAUAUAUCCAUGUACAGUUUCAGACCCAUGUGUCGAGCUACUAUAGUCUCGACCACAAAAU